GACAAACAUACGCAUGCGCAGUGACCCUUCACUGAAUUGAGCUGUUGAUCGGUAGAAACCAGCAGCUUUCCUCGUGCAAAAUAUGAGCUACUGGUCCUUUUGGGGGGGUUGAACUGUCAUAUUUAUGUGUUUUCUGCGAGGAGUUUCAUUAUUGGAUCGCCGGACUCUGAAAUCGCUGGAAAUGGCUGUAUCGCAGACGCAUUCUUCUCAGAUUUAGCUAAACGACAAGCGCACGCCUGUGUGUUAAAAAGUGAGCUUUUCACGCUGUGCUGUGCUGUGCUGUGCUGAUACGGUCCUCUUACUUCCUGAUGUCAACAUGCCACGUCUGCUUAGCGCACCUGCACACGCGUGAGAGCUCCUCAAGGAUGCUGUUUGACGUCAUGGAGGAAUACAUGUGUGCACAGCUGCCUGUAAAGACUUGAGUUCGUCCACUUCACCUGUUCAUCAACUCCCGCAAUGGGAAGGAUUAGCAUCUCCUGCCUGUUUCCAGCAUCAUGGCACUUCAGCCUGUCACCAGUGAUGCUGCCCCGCUUUCUGUUGCCUUCCUUCAGGCAGUUUCUGGUGCUGGGUCUGUUGGCUGGGGUGAUGGGGCUUCUGUACAUGCUCCUGGUUCCAGGGACUGGCCAGUACAGCUGGUUAAGAGAGGAAAAGCACUACCACACACAUUUGGGUCGAGUACCGGAUAUGGAAGCCACAGACACCAAUAAUCCCAAUCUGAACUAUGGGCUGGUGGUGGAUUGCGGCAGCAGUGGUUCUCGCGUGUUCGUGUACACAUGGCCCAGACACAACGGCAACCUGCACGAGCUGCUGGACAUCAAGCAGAUGAGAGAUAUGGACAGGAAGCCUGUAGUGAUGAAGAUCAAACCAGGCAUCUCUGAAUAUGCAUCCACACCAGACAAAGCCAGCGACUAUAUCAGCCCUCUUCUAAGUUUUGCUGCUCAGCACAUCCCUAAGAACAAGCACCAGGAAACACCCCUGUACAUCUUAUGUACUGCAGGAAUGAGAGUCCUUCCUGAAAGCCAACAGGAGGCCCUGUUGGAGGAUUUGCGGACUGACAUUCCGGUGAAUUUCAACUUCCUGUUCUCUGACUCCCAUGUGGAGGUCAUCUCAGGCAAACAGGAAGGGGUAUAUGCAUGGAUAGGGAUCAACUUUGUUUUGGGGAGAUUCAAUCAUGUUGAGGAUGACGAACACGAGGCGGUUGUAGAAGUCCAGGUUCCCAGCAGCGACCAGCAGGAGACGCUGGUGCGCAAGCGUACAGCUGGCGUGUUGGACAUGGGGGGCGUCUCCACUCAAAUCGCAUACGAAGUGCCCAAAACUGUAAGCUUUGCUUCUCCACAGCAGGAAGAGAUAGCAAAGAAUUUGCUGGCAGAGUUUAACCUGGGCUGUGAUGCUCAUCGUACAGAGCACAUGUACCGCGUGUACGUCUCAACGUUUUUGGGGUUUGGUGGAAAUGCGGCCCGACAGAGAUACGAGGAAAAUCUCAUCAGCAACACACAAAUCCAAAACAAGCUCUUGGGUAAGCAUCUGGGUGAGAGCGCGGACUCACCCAUCCUCGACCCCUGCCUUCCGCCAGACCUCCAGGACGAGGUGGGUCCCCAGGACCAGAAGGUUCACCUGCGUGGUACGGGAGACUUUGACCGCUGUCGCAUACUGCUCCAGCCAUUCCUCAACCACACCAAUGACACCAACACAUCGCUCAAUGGAGUCUAUCAGCCGCCCAUUGACUUCCCCAAUAGCCAGUUCUAUGGCUUCUCUGAGUUUUACUACUGUACUGAAGACGUGCUGCGUAUAGGAGGAAGCUACAACUCCACCAAAUAUUCUAACGCUGCUAAGAGUUAUUGUGCCACCCAGUGGAAAACUUUGAAAGAGCGCUUCAAACAGGGCCUUUAUGCUUCACACGCGGAUCUACACAGACUCAAGUAUCAGUGCUUUAAGUCUGCCUGGAUGUAUGAGGUGCUCCACUCAGGUUUCGCGUUCCCGACAGCGUACGAGAAUCUCAGGACGGCCUUGCUAGUCUAUGAUAAGGAAGUCCAGUGGACACUAGGAGCCAUUUUAUACCGCACACGUUUUCUACCUCUAAGGGAUAUCCAGCAGGAGAGUCUGAAGGGUUCUCAUUCUCACUGGCAACACAGCUUCUCCUUUAUGAAUAACCACUAUCUCUUUCUGGCUUGUUUUAUGGUGGUGGUUUUGUCCAUCCUCCUGUACCUGCUCCGUUUGAGGCGCAUACACCACCGGAGUGCUUCUGCUUCCGUCCAGUGGCUGGAGGAGGGUCUGGGUUCACCAGACAUCCCUGUUAAACUAUAGGGCCUGGACCCUGUCAAUCAUAACAACUGACCAAUCGUUAGAGGAGAACGUUCACUUCCACGUAAUUUAAAACUCCAAUGAAGGCGCUUUGGUUUUUUCUACUCGACAUUGUUUUUCACCCCGUUGACUCCCUAUCCUACAAUCGCCAUGUUGGCCACUCAUUGCCAGUUUGUCAUCACAAAGACUGUUGUUAUAGCAGUUUCACAAAUAAAUCAAAUUGGAUAUAUAUUGAAAUGACAUUUGCAGUAAUGGCCAGUGUAUUUCGAUGUGUAUGUGUAAAGUUUGCAGCUCCACUUCACUCAUUGAUAGUAGUAGCCAUGUGUGACUCUCCUCAGCUGUGAUUUUUGUUUUUCUUUAUUUAUUACUGAGGAAGGCUGUGGCUGCCUUUCAGCGUCACUAUCAGCGUGAAUGAAGUUGGUUGUGUGGAAUACGGUUUAUGUCCACAAUUUGGAUUUCUAUGCUCCAUAUGGCAGCUGCCUCAAACUCUUGACUCCAAGAAUAAAUUUUUGUUGAUUUGGUGGUGCCAAAGUGGAGUAAAGUUCAUGAAUUUUUAAUGUGGAAAUGUUUUUAGCAACAGUUACUGCAUAGUGGGAGGUGUUUUGUAUAUUUCUUUUUGAUAGAGCAUAAAUCGGUUUCAAAUUUCAUUUUCUCAUUCAAAAUAUAAUUUUUUCCCUACUUGGCAAAUUGUCCAUAAAUUGUUACCAAUGACUAUAUGUCCAUGACCAUGUCUCUUAGAUUGUAAAGAGAUGUCAAAGGAGGACAAAAAUGGAAUAGAGUGAUAGGCAAGAAUAACAAGACAAAAACCCAUUCCAAAAUGACCCUAAAUGUAUAAAAAUGUUCAAUGGCAAAUCUUAGUGUUAUAGAAUUAUUGCUUUCUCAUGGGUGCCGCAGUUAUUGCUUGUCUGUGAGUCUACAGCAUGGAGGAUUAUGAACGUGUAUGUGCACCUUUUCUAUAGGUAGAGCUUUUGUGAUAAGAAUCAGUGCAAUAUUUCUGUUUUCUUGUGUGGGGUUGAAAGACCGUUCGCCAAGGUACCAUUACUGUAAUGCUAUAUUUCAGUGCAAAUCAAGCACAUUUAUGCUGUUUCACAAGGUGUUUUCCUAUUUUUCUAAAACUUCUGAAAUAGGGAUGCCACCAGUGACUGCUGUAUAUUUUUAGUAUGUACUUAUGAAAUCACAGGUACCAUACUAAAAAAAGUUGUUAUGCGAGACGAGUUUGCACGUAGAAAGCAUCUGUUCCAUCACUGUUGAUGUUAAGAUAAAAUUAAAAAUCGAAACCGUUUUAUUUUCCUUUUUCAUCCUUUCUGGUAUUCUGAAUUUUGACCGGCUAUUUUUGGCACCACACUGGAAUCCACCAAUAACACCGAUCUUUCAAAGAAGAGGAAUUGUAUUCUGCAAUCGUGGUGAGAUGCUUUGAAAUCAUUGGUUGUGCACUUAACCAAAAUAUAAAACAUGUGUCUUGUUUCCUAAUGUUUUCUUAUUCUAAUGUUACACACCAAAUUUAUGAACGUGGCAAACAUGGUUGUCUUAAGAUGCCCAAAGUGAUUUCUUCAUGCAUUUAGUUAUAUAGACCAGUGGUUCUCAAACUUUUUCGUUGUAAGGCCCCCUUUGUGUAGAGUGCAUUGCUUUGCGGAUCCCCAAAUAAAGAUUUAUAAUCUUAAAUUUAACAUUUUUAUUUAAACAAAAACAUAUUCGGUUAUACAAUGCUGAAACAUCAAUUCUUUAGUCUGGUGGUCUUAUUUUUCUGAUGUUUGAUUGCAUAAAAUCUAUGAUCAAUUUCUAUAUUUCAUAAAAUGCCACAAAAUCUGUGGCCCCCCUGGAUCCAUCUCGGGGGUCCCCAGUUUGAGAACUACUGAUAUAGACUUCAUUGGGAUCUGUGACAAUCAUCAAAGAAAAUACAAUAUUGUUCUAUUAUUAUUGACAUAUUACAUGUAAUAUAAUUCUACAAACAACAGUCGUUAUAGUAACCCAAAUUCUUGUAUGAUGCAACCUUCUCUGUUGCUAAAUAAAAACAGAUGGAUGACAUUUU